AUGGGCAGCACAGGUCUUGUAAAACAAGGUGUUGAGUCUCCACAAGUCUUCCUGGUGUCCAGCUUUGAUCUCCACCUCUAUGACUUCCCUCUGUUAGAGCAGACCCUAGAGAGAGAACUUCCUGCACAUAAGAGGGAUGCUCUGCUGUUGACCAUACCCAACAUCAGCCUGGAGGUCAUCAGCAAGAAGAAAAAGGCUUUAAAAGCUAAAAUAAAGUACUACGCCGCUGCAUCUGCACUUGCAGCAGCUGUACCAGUCCCUGGGCUCUCUUGUGCUGUUGAUUCUGCCAUGCUGGUUGUUAACAUCACAAAGUACCAAGUUACUUUUGGUCUUGAAACUGAGUCACUGAAGAAACUUGCUCAUCAUACAAAAGUGCCUUUGGAUGAUCUCAGAGCAGUGAUUACAUCACCACUGAGUUUAAAUAAAAUAAGCACAGAUCUGAUUGUGAAGGUAUUGUGUUUUUCUCUGACUGAUGCUGCAUUAUUGGCAGCAGAGGAAGGGUUCAGAUUUAUUCCAUUCAUUGGAAUCCCAGCAGCAAUGACCCUCUCUUUUGCCUUCACCUACAAAGUUCUCAGUACUUCCCUUGACAUGCUUAAUGAGGACGCACAGAAGGUGUUCACAAAGGCUCUGGGUUUGAACACAGCAGUGUGAUGUCAUAUGUUAAAUGACAAUGUGUCACUUUAAAUUUCUUGGAUAGCAUGUAAAUGAGCUUCUGGAUGAUUUCUGACUACAUUGUAAUAUUACAGUAGUUAACGUUACUGCAUUCACAUCAAAGUUUUAUAAUCUAGUUAUACAUUUCACCAAACACUUUGAGCAAAUCAGGAAAUGUGAUGAGUGUCUAAAUAAUGCGUUUUGUCUGAAUUAAAUAAAGGCUUUUGGGUGAACAAAUAAAAACUUCAAUGAAAU